AUGGGUGAUAAAUACGAAGAUUUGGGGCCAGCAAAUGCUCUGCCACCACCGCCACCUCAACCACAGCAAAUUCUUCCAACAAUUACUCCAGGCCAAGCUUCACAAGACCGAACAGAAUUAAGAUCUGCUCAAAUAGGAUCUUCAAUUAUUAAAAAAGCAGCGCAGGGAAAAGAUCCAAAGAAGACGCUGGUUGAUGAAGAUGAAGAAGAAGAGAUCAAAUAUACAACUGCGCAAAAAACAUGCAUGGUGAUAUCAGGUAUAAUGGGAAUAUUUUUUUUGAUGGCGGCAAUUGCCGCAGUUGUUAUCUUGCUCACUGGCUUUAAAAUUUUUCCAUAG